UUUUCAGUUUUAUUGAUUGCUAUGAGUAUGUCGGCUAACGAAAAUUUGUUUACAGAGGAAAGAGCAAACAUAUAUACAGAAACAGAAAACGAAAACUGGAAAGAAGAAACUGUUGAAGAUUUGGAUGAUGAAUAUUUAACAGAAGAAGAAAAACUUCAUCCAUGGAAACAAACCAAAGUAUUUUAUUGGUCCGUAUUUGUAGCUUCUGUUGCAGUAUUGUUCUAUGGUAUUGAUAUUUCUGCCAUCAGUGGAGCACAAGUAGGUUACAAACCACACUUUCAUAUUUCUUCUAGAACCAAUUUGGUUGGAGUUAUGGUGUCUUGUAUUUAUUUUGGUACUUUUAUUGGAGUAUUUGUUGCAUUAUACACCAAUACUUAUUUUGGAAGAAGGUUCUCUAUAUAUGUAGCAGCCAUUUUGUCUACAGGUGGCUGUUUAUGGGAAGCACUUGCUCCUUCUUGGCAAGUAUUUAUUCCUGGGCGUCUGGUAGUUGGCAUUUCUUAUGGUAUUAUUGGAGAGACUGCACCUGUAUUUCUCGCAGAAAUGGCUCCUACGAGUAUUAGAGGUGGCAUAGUAUCUCUAUAUCAGCAAGUAAUUACUAUUGGCAUCUUUAUUGGCUAUUUGGUGAACGUGAUAUUUGUUUGGGUGGAUUAUAAAGUAACAGGUUGGCGUAUUAUGAUUGGAGCUCCUAUGGUUCCUUCUAUCAUUGAAGUGUUUCUUGUAUGGACAGCUCCAGAAUCUCCAAGAUGGUUAAUCAAAAGAGGCAGAUUGGAAGAAGCUAAGCGUAAUUUAAUGAAACUUCGACUUUAUCCAGAAACUGCUGAAAAGGAUUUCAUUCGUAUUAAGAAAUCUAUUGAAGAAGAUGAAAGACUUCAAGAAGGCAAAAAUUUGAUGUUGGAGUUGAUUCGACUCCCUUUCUUGAGGAGAGCUGUUUUGGUUGGCAUCAUGGAAAUGUUGUUUCAACAAAUGAGUGGAAUGAAUGUUUUUAUGAAUUAUAUUGACACUGUCUUUCAAGAGAACAUUCAUAUGAGUUCACGCGAUUCUGUUGCAGUUAGUUUAUUUCCAGGUUUUGUGAAUAUGAUGGCUACUCCGAUAGUAUUCUUUACUAUUGAUCGCUAUGGGAGAAGAACAUUACAAUUGGUCACUUUUCCAAUUAUGUUUUUAAUGUUAUUGAUGGUAUUAUUUUCCUUUUAUGGAGAUCGCAAAGUGAACUUGGCAUUCUUUAUAAUUGGAGUUAUAUUCUUCAUCGUAGCUUAUUCUCCUGGUGCAGGUCCAGUGCCUUGGACCUUCUGUGCAGAAGUAUUUCCUACUUAUGUACGUGCAGCAGGAACUUUGGUUACCACAUUUUUUGUGAAUGCUUUCAACUUUGCACUUUCUUUCUCUUGGCCUUCGAUGGAAGCUGCAUGGGGACCACAAGGAUCAUUUGGUUUCUAUGCAGGUUUUAACUUUUUAGGAAUAUUAAUGCAAUUUCUAUUCCUUCCUGAAACCAAAGGAUAUACCUUGGAACAAAUGAAAGUCGUAUUCGAAGAAGGACUAUUUACUAUAGCAUGGUAUCAUAUCCGUUCAGGUUGGAGAAGUCUUCGAAAGUUGUUGGGUUUGCCUGUAUCCAAUACUCCUCUUAUUUCACCCUAUGAUAAAGCUGUGGCAUUAUCAAGAGCAAGAGAAGAAGAAUUACGUCGUCAUUCAGGUGAGCCAGUGAAGGACGGAUAGACGUAGACUGUUUAAUUAAGAUGAUGGAGGCAUGUCACUGUUGCGUUUUGUUUGAAUAAAAGUAUACUUUAAACCAGCAUUGUUUGCAUUGGCAUAGAGAAUAAACCACAUUCCAAAAAUCGCUUUGGUAUAUUGCGGUGAAAUGAAUUUAAAGCACUUACCAGAGCUGUUGAAGGGGUAAAAUACGCAAAUACUCGACUUCUACAAAGAGUAUGUCGACCGACUCUAGUAAACCUUGCUCAGCUGUA